AGGUGAUUGAUUCGUACCUCCAUGAAAUUACCUCUAGAUACCCGAGUGUCAGCCAUAUUGACUGCAUUUCCAUGACUGCUAUAUUCGAGGGCCAACAGCAAAUACAUCAUUGUCUUAGACGAACGUCUUCUUUGCUCACGUUUGAUUGUUUAAUUGGUGCAUAUAACCAGGCAGGGUGUCAUUGGUGUCUGAUUUAACUUCUUGAAACAAAGAUUUGAAGCUGGACUGGAAUCGGUUCUUCCAGGAGAAUGGACAUUAGCAGAUACCAUUCAUGCAAAACAACGUGAUGGUAGCUUUUGUGGAGUAUACAUUUUGAAAUUUGCCAUAAAUUACUUCGCAAAUCGGGCACUAAAUUUCUUCUGGAGUAAGAAAGAUAUCAAAGUGGCUCGACUGUGUCUGGCAGUGUACUUGUUAUAUAUUUCUGGACCAAGAGCAGAUGAGGUCAGUGUAUCCGACAAUGAGGAUCAUAUGGGAGAAAUACAGAAAAAGCCAUACAAUCUGAGAGAAGAACCCUGCCCAAAGAGAAAGAGCUCAUCCUUUCUAUAUACUAGUACAUUACCAACGAAAAGAACUGGGAAAUUAUAUUGUGUAUGCAAUAAGCCCGAAGAUACAAGAAAGUACUGGUGCUGUGACGUGUGCGAUAAGUGGUACCAUCCCACAUGUCUCGGGAAAACAGAAGAUGACGAAGAAGAAGAAUUUGUUUGCCCUUCGUGCGAGGAAAGACAGAGUGGCAAGGAAAGAAAAUCUGUAGAUGAUAGAUUGAAGAUUACUCAACUACCCUUUGAAGUCCUUCAAAAUAUAUUUGUAGAAGUUGUGCUGUCAGAUGGCGAUGUGGCAUAUGGGAGGGUGAGUCUUGUUUGCUCAACUUUUAAUGACAUUUGUCGAAGGAAAUCAUUCCAGGACAAGUGUCAUAUGUCUUGGCUGUUGAGCAUCAGACCUAUGUCAUUUUGGCAAAAAUAUCCUCGGGAGUUUAAAGGUUUUGAAGUUUUACCUUGUAGGCUUUGCGGGGAAAAAUACAAAGAUGAGGGCCCUAUGUUUGUAGGCGGAGAAGGCCAAAGAGGCAUGUUUACUGCCUCACAUACAGAGCCAAGUCAUGCCGGUUACAGUUCACAGUUUUGUAAAACAGCUGAUGACUUACAAAAUAUGUAGAUACAAAUAUACAAGUAGUAGCACAAAUAUACCAGUCAGGAAUUAAAUGAUAAAAAUUAUCUCCCUGAUCUCAUAUGUGUAAUAACAUGUAUGAGUCCUUGCAGUAAAAUUUUUAAAAAAAUUAUAUCGUUUCUGGAAUCAAUAGUUACAUUCUGACAAUCAUAAACAGUGUAAAAUAGGCAAGUUUAAGUUGCACUUUGUAAAACUAGCUUUCAAUUCAUAUGUUUACCAGAUGAGAUAAAACUUUGCUUCAGGCGAAAUUUGAUAUUAGCUCAGAUGUUACUUAUAAUAUAUAAUGUGUAUAAUAAUGUGGAUGUGUAUUUUUGCCACUGUGUAGUGAAUCCUAAUCAGAUUUGGAAUUGUCAUGCAAAUGGGAUGAAGAUGUUCAAGACUCUUUUUUUUAUCUUUUUUUUAUUUAAGACUCAUAUUUUUUAUCUGUUUUUUAUACAAGACUCAUAUUUUCAAAAUCUGUUUUGUAAUUAACGUUACGCUAUUUCCGAAUAAAAACGGAAAUUGAUGUAUGUGUUGCCAACUACUCCUACAGGAUUUCAGUAAUCAUUUUCAGUUUGUGCCUUGAUAGAUGUUUUGUACGGAAUGCCGUUAGGGCCAUUGCCUAUGAAUGGUUUGAUCUGAAACGCGAUACUCGACAGUACGAUGAUGAAAACACGAAAUCACGAAAAUAGGAUGCUGAAAAGGCGACAGUACGAUGGUGAAAACACGAUAGUUUAUCGCGCUUUCAUCAUCUUAGUAUCGUACUGUCGCGUUUUCAUCAUCGUACUAUCGCGUUUUCAUCAUCGUACUUUCGUGUUUUCACCAUCGUAUUUUUAUGAUUUCGCGUUUUCAUCAUCGUACUAUCGACUAUCGCGUUUAAGAUCAACACAUUCAUAGGCGAUGGCCCUAACGCCAUUCCGUAGUUUUGAAGAUGUUUUGAAGAUGUUUGUUAUAUACGUUCUAGUAUUUCCGUUUCUAUAUAACAUGAUAUAGCUGCCUUGUAAGUUUGUGUCGCAAAUAUAGCUGGAAUGCAAAUAUAGCUACAGUGAAAGUUUGUGUCGCAUAUAUAGCGGCAGUGUAAGUAUGUGUCGCAAAUAUAGCUGCAGUGUAAGUUUGUGUUGCAAACUACUUUUUCAGGUUUUAAGCAUUUAUAAAUAUACAUGCCAAUUAGAUGGUUUGAAUAAACUAUAAAUUCAUCUU